AUGGGUGCAGGCAAACGCGUGCGCAAGCUGUCGCACACGUGCUCACUGUUGACAUGCGAUAACCAAAAGGAAGAAGUGCAGUAUGGCUCCAGUUCCCUGGCUAUGUUAAUGGACCCUUGGGAUAAAUUUGGAAAUUCUAACCCAGUUCAAGAAUCAACCUCUCCCAGAAACUCUGAGAACAAUUUGGGAAGAAAACCUUACCUUUUGGGAGUAGACUCUUUUGCUCCAAAACUCUGGAGCACUGAAGGCAUGGGAGAUUCCUAUGCAGCCACUUUCCCAAAUGGGAAUGGAUUGAUGUCACCUUCAGCAAGCCCUCAAGCUUCCACCACUUACAGCAAUGAUUACAGUCCUUUCCCCCAUUCCUUCUCAGCCUCACCCACCACUCAAGAUCCUUCUUCGUUGCUGGUGCCUAAGGGGCAUCUAUCCCCUGAUUGUCUCCCCAGUGUCUAUACCUCCUUGGACAUGGCACACCCUUAUGGCUCCUGGUACAAAGCUGGCAUCCACCCAGGCAUCUCUACCAGCUCUAGCAACCCUACGGCUUCUUGGUGGGAUAUGCAUUCCAACAGCAACUGGUUGAGUUCUCAGCCACAAUCAGAUGGACUCCAGGGUUCCUUACAGUCCAUGCCGAGUCAGGCACCCAUCAGCCCCCAGCUACCCAGUUACACUUCUGAGUUCACAACUUUGAAUCCUGCUCCUUACCCUGCAGUGGGCAUUACUUCUUCAUCACACCUUCUCCCUUCAGGACAACAUGUGCUACCCCAAGAAAUGUACAAGCCCAAGCCAGUGGCCAACAACUCCCUGAUGGAAGGUGGGAUUGCCUUGAAGCCUGGAAGAGGGGGCUCCUUUGGUAGCACAACCGGCAGGUCUACUUGUGACUGCCCUAAUUGCCAAGAACUAGAACGGCUUGGGGCCUCGGCAGCCAGCCUGCGGAAGAAGCCUAUCCACAGCUGCCAUAUCCCAGGCUGCGGGAAGGUCUAUGGGAAAGCCUCGCAUCUGAAAGCCCAUCUGCGAUGGCAUACUGGGGAACGUCCUUUUGUAUGCAACUGGCUCUUCUGCGGCAAGCGUUUUACGCGCUCAGAUGAGCUGGAGCGCCAUGUUCGCACCCAUACCCGGGAGAAGAAAUUUACCUGUUUACUCUGUAACAAGCGCUUCACUCGUAGCGACCACCUCAGCAAGCAUCAGAAGACCCAUAAUGAAAUGGGAGUGGGCAAACCGCCAGAAGGUGAAGCGGAGCGAGAAGAGGUUGCUACAGUGGCUAGUUCUCCCAGCACUGCAGCCCUUCAAGAUGGCCUGGCUGGAGAGGAAAAAGAUGCCACCAGCCCUGAGCAAAGCAGUCUCCUGGAAAUCUAA